AUGGCGGCGUCGUUCUUGAUUUACUUUGCUGCGACGGCGAUAGUGUUCGUGCUGGCCCCGACCCCGGCGGUUCUUGUGGCCGCCCAGCUGCCGGCAGGCUCCCUGAGCAUCGACUGCGGCCUGGACGCAAACUCGGGCGGCUACAGGGACAAGUCCACCGGCAUCGACUACGUCCCCGACGGCCCGUACGUGGACGCCGGCGAGAACCACGCGGUGGCCAGCGAGUACCAGCUCCAGCCGGCGCUGCCGCGGAGCUACCUCACGCUGCGGAGCUUCCCGCUGGGCGUGCGCAACUGCUACGAGCUCCCCACGGCGGUCGGGUCCAAGUACCUCGCCCGGAUGGAGGCCUUCUACGGCAACUACGACGGCCGGGGAAGCUCCUCGUCGCCAUCGUCGUCGCCGGCGGCGGAGUUCGACCUGUACCUCGGCGCCGACUACUGGGACACCGCGAAGGUCGGCACCGACAGGGUGUACGAGGCGGUGUUCGUUGCGUGGGCGGCCUGGACGCCGCUGUGCCUCGUGAACACCAACAAAGGCACGCCGUUCGUGUCCGCCGUGGAGCUCAGGCCGCUCGCCGCCGCGCUCUACCCGCCCGUCGCGCCCGGCUUGUCCAUGGCCAUGUACAAUCGCCUCAACAUGGGGGCAAGCACCUCAUUCGCGAGGUAUCCGGCUGAUCAAUACGAUCGCUUCUGGUACCCGAUGAGCGAGGCCAGCCCGCGGUGGGCGAACCUGUCCACUGGGCUGACCAUCCGGCCGGACCCCACCUCGGCGGAGCCCCUAGCGGUUCUCCAGACGGCGGUCGCGGCGGCCGGGAACGACACGGAGCUCACCGCGGCGACAUGGACGGUGGACGAGCGCCGGGCGUCCUUCUCCUUCAUGGUGUUCGUGCACUUCGCCGACUUCCAGAGCACGCAGCUCCGGGAGUUCGACAUAUACCUGAACAACAACCGACGGCCCUCGCCGUUGAGCCCCCAGGCCUGGGUUGCUUCGUGCAUCUACACCACCAGGGGGAACUGGGCCGCCGACGGUACGUACAACGUCACUCUCGUCGCCACCAACCAGUCCGUGCUGCCGCCCAUGAUCAACGCCCUCGAGAUCUACAGCGUCAUCCUCAACAACAGCCCGACGACAUUCGCGGAUGAUAUUGACGCCAUCAUGGCCAUCAAAUUCGAGUAUGGCGUGAAGAAAAACUGGAUGGGUGACCCAUGUUUCCCAGUCAUAUAUGCUUGGCAUGGUGUGAAAUGCAGCAAUACAAGUGGUAACACCACGAGGAUAACAUCACUAGAUCUCUCGAACAGCAACUUGCGUGGUGCGAUAUCUACGAAUUUUACAUUGCUUACGGCACUUGAGUUUUUGAAUCUGUCUGGCAACCAUCUCAGUGGUAACUCGCUAUGCAAAAAUUACACCGGAUCACUUAUUUUAAGAUAUGACUCUGAUAAAAGUAGGUGCAGUAAAACGACAAGUCGAUCAACAAAAGCAGCAGUUGUUUUAGUUACUUCAAUUGUGGUCCCUGUUCUGGUUGUGGCUGCACUUUUUCUUGCAUAUUUCAUCUGGAGAGCAAAAAGAAAGCCUCAUGUUUCUAUAGCUGAUCAUUCAAGAAUUGCACAACUCGAUAUUAUUCCAAGAAGAGGAACAAAUCAAGGGGAUCACCUGCAAGAUACCGAAAAUAGGCGAUUCACGUAUAAGGAGCUGGAGAAGAUCACUGAUAAUUUCAAACGGUUCAUAGGACAAGGAGGUUUUGGACUAGUCUACUAUGGCCAUUUAGAAGAUGGUACCGAGGUUGCUGUCAAGAUGCGUUCUGAGUCAUCAUCACAUGGGCUGGACGAAUUUUUAGCUGAGGUCCAAAGCUUGACAAAGGUGCAUCACAGGAAUAUAGUUUCUUUGGUUGGUUACUGCUGGGACAAAGAGCAUUUAGCACUUGUUUAUGAGUACAUGUCUCAUGGCAAUCUUUAUGAUCAUCUGAGAGGUAAAAAUGCUGAUGCUGAAACCUUGAGCUGGGGAACGCGUGUACGGGUAGUGCUUGAAGCUGCACAAGGCCUGGAUUAUUUGCACAAAGGAUGCAGCCCGCCGAUUAUUCACCGGGACGUGAAGAGCAGCAACAUUCUCUUGGGUCAAAAUCUGCAGGCGAAGAUUGCAGAUUUGGGACUCAGCAGGACAUACCUUAGCGAUGUGCAGACUCACAUAUCAGCCACAGCAGCGGGCACAGCUGGUUACAUGGACCCAGAGUACUACAUGACCGGAAGGCUGACGGAGACCAGCGACGUGUACAGCUUCGGAGUGGUUCUGCUGGAGGCAGCCACCGGCGAGGCCCCGCUGGUGCCAAGCCGCGGCCACAUCGUCCAGCGCGUGAAACAGAGCGUCGCCACCACAGGCGACAUCGGCGCCGUCGCCGACCCAAGGCUCGGGGGCGCCUACGACGUCAGCUCCAUGUGGAAGGUGGUGGACACUGCCAUGGCGUGCGUGGCGGAGGCCGGCGCCGGGAGACCGACGAUGGCCGAGGUGGUGAUGCAGCUGAGGGACAGCCUGGCACUGGAGGAAGCUUGUGGGAACGACGACCGCAGCUUCCCGGCGGCGAGCGAUAGCUCGGCUUUGAUGUCCGGCUUCGGUCCGUUGGCGAGAUGAAGCUGUGCUGCUUGUACAUGCAUGUACCCCCAGAUGCGGAUUGGAUCAUCGUUGAUGCUGGGUCUCCUGCUCACAAGUUAGCAGCGUGCGGUUUUGUUAUGAACCAGUACGUGCCGUGUGAUCUGUUUGUUCAUUGUUUUGAGUUUUUGUAAAGGUAAUGAGUGUUGACAUGUGAAGGGAGGGAGAACACAGUUUAGUACUCCCUCCCUCCAUUCCAAAUCAUAUGUCAUUUGAGCUUUUCUAGAUACAUUGUAUUUACUAUGUAUCUAGAUAUAAUAUAACGUAUAUCUAAGUGCAUAGCAAAAUGAAUGUAUCUAUAAAAGUCAAAACGGUCUACAAUUUAGAACUGAAUAAGUAAUAAGGCCAGUCCCAAUUGAGAGUUUCAUUUCAUUGUUUCAUAGGUGCCUUGUAAUCUACUGUAAUUUGUUUUGAAACAAUAUAUGAAACCAGACUACUCUC